AUGCGACACAUCUACGACGCGUGCGAGCGACGCGCGACGUUCGGCGCGUUCGAGAGCCCGACGGGCACGGGGAAGACGCUGAGCGUGUUGAUCGCGGCGAUGUCGUGGAUCGACGAUCGACGACGGGCGCGGCUGGCGGGGACGAAGUUGGACGACGAGGACGACGGGCGGGACGGCGCGGGGGAGACGACGAAGAGCGCGGAGGACGACGAACCGGAUUGGUUGCGAGAGUACGACGCGAAGCGAAGGAAAACAGACGCGGAUGAGACGCGCGCGCGGUUGCGGCGAGACGCGGAGACGCGGUUGAGAGAAAAGAUUCGCGGCGGCGACGCGAGGGACUCCGCGGUGAAGAACGAUGAGAUCGAUAAGCAUACCGCGGAAGAGCGCGAGUUUUUAGCGGAUGAGUACGACUCUGGGGCGGAAAAUGCGAAGGAGGAUUUGCGAACGUUGCUGCGAGACGGCGACGACGAGAGCGACGACGACGACGCGCACGCGGCGAAGGAGGAAGACGAUGCGUUGCGUCCGGCACAGCAGGUAAUUUUGUGCUCGCGGACGCACUCUCAGCUCACACAAGUGAUUGGUGAGCUUAAGAGGACGGUAUUCGGUGGGAGCGUGGCGAAUGCGGAGGAACAAGUCGCCGUCGCCGCCGUCGCCGGUCGAGCGCAACUGUGCGUCAACCCGGCGGUGAAAAGCUUAGGCUCGGCGGCGCGAAUCAACGAGCGUUGCUUGGACAUGAGCAAAGGCAAGGCGAAGCCAGGGGAGAAGACGAAAAUCAAGGCGUGUCCGUACUUGUCUAAGCGUCGAAAGGCGAUGCUCGAGCUUAAAGAAGCGGCGUUGGCCAAGCCGAUGGACAUUGAAGAUUUAGCCAAGCUCGGCGAGUCGAGUCGGGCGUGUCCGUAUUACGCCGCUCGCUCGGCGUUACCGGAAGCGGACUUGGUGUUGAUGCCCUACGCAUCUUUGUUGCACGCGGACACGCGCGAGAUUUUAGGCGUCAAGUUGGAGAAUGCGGUGGUGGUUUUCGACGAGGCGCACAACUUGGUGGACGCCGUGCACAAUUCAUACGGCGCCGCGGUGACGCUCAACCAAUUAAGCGACGUUAACGACAUGCUCACCGAGUACGUCGAGCGAUUCAAGACUCGUUUGAGCGCGAAUAACUUGCGUUAUCUGCGUACGUUGACCAACAUAACGCGCGCGUUCGUGAAAGUCCUCGCGAAAGAGACGGAAGACGAGAGCAAACCUCAAAAACGAUUGACGACGUUGAAUGAUUUCUUGUUUGAGUGCGGACAAGACACUGUGAAUAUGUUUAGCUUGCGAAGAUACUUGAAGGAGAGUAAGGUAGCGCAUAAGAUCGCGUCGUAUGGCGAGCGUGUGCGCUCGGGGGAGAACAUGAGCGUCGACGGCGUCAAGAUGGAAACCAUCGGACGUACGAAAGUCGCCGUCGCGCCGGAUCCAAAUGCUGCCCCGCGCGUGGGCGCGGUGCACGCGUUGACGUCACUCAUCGAUGCGUUAGCGAGCGCGGAUAGUGAUGGUCGAAUGAUUUACGAACGCGCCACGCCUGAAGGUGAUCCCGCAACGCUUCGUUUUGUCCUGCUUGACGCCGCCAGCCGGUUCAAGCGCGUCGUCGAACAAGCGCGUUCGGUGAUUCUCGUCGGCGGAACGCUCGCGCCGAUUCCCGAGCUCGUCGCCCAGCUCUUCCCAGAUUUACAGUCGCAAACGGCUCCAGCACCGGGUGCUCGACAGCUCAAGACGUUCACGUGUGGGCACAUCAUACCCCGCGACAACUUGUUACCCAUCGCCCUCUCCGCGGGUCCCACUGGCGUGGCGUUGGAUUUCACGCACGGCGCUCGCGCUGACGUUUCCGUUAUUGAUGAACUCGGGAGAAUCCUUCUCAACGCGUGCAGAGUCUCUCCUGGCGGAGCGUGUGUCUUCUUUCCGUCGUUCAAAUACGCCGACGAAGUGUACGCGAGAUGGGAGUCCACGGGCGCCAUGGCGUCCAUUCGCGGCGUCAAGGACGUGUAUCGCGAACCGCGCGACGCGAGCACUCUGGAGCAAUGCUUGAGAGAUUACGCGGCGUCAGUGAGCCGAGGCGCGAGUACGCGAAACGGCGGCGCGGUGUUGUUAUGCGUCGUCGGAGGUAAGUUGAGCGAAGGCAUCAACUUCAAGGAUGAACUCGGUCGACUCGUCGUCAUGGUCGGCUUGCCCUACGCCAACGUCGCCGACGCCGAGCUCAAGGCGCGCAUGGACCAUCUCGAUACCGGUCCUGGGAACCAAGGACGCGGUCGCGCGUAUUACGAAGCGUUGUGCAUGCGAGGCGUCAAUCAAAGCAUCGGGCGCGCGAUUCGUCACGUCGGCGAUUACGCGUGCAUUUUGCUCUGCGACAAGCGAUGGGGCGCGUUUGGGAGCGCGACGAACGGCUCGCGCACCAAGGCGGCCAAAGCACUUCCAGAAUGGAUAGAACAACGACUUGUGGUGCCGCAGCGUAAUUACGGUGAAGCGCACGGUCGCGUGGCACAAUUCUUUCGCGCGCGCGAGGCGAAACAAGGACACUAG